AUGAAAGAGAGAGAAAAGGAUAAAUUUGAUAGAUCAGCUUUCAUCAUAAAAGAUCGCUGCAAGCCACAUAAAUGUAGAUUGGAGUGCAAGAAGGCUUGCCCAGUUAAUAAUAUGGGAAAAAAGUGCAUUGAGGUCACAAACACGGAUAAGAUUGCGGUAAUACACGAGAACUUGUGCGUGGAUUGUGGUCUGUGUGUAAAGAAAUGCCCGUUCAAGGCAAUAACUAUGCACAACCUGCCCACAUCAAUAACACGGGAUCUGACUCAUCGGUACGGCCAGAACUUGUUCAAGCUGCACAGAUUGCCCAUUCCUAAAAUAAACAGUGUCGUGGCGCUCAUAGGAACCAACGGAAUAGGUAAGAGCACGACUAUAAAGAUAAUGAGCAACAGGUUGAAGCCCAAUCUCGGUGUUUUUAAGACAUCUGUGAGCUGGCAGGAUAUAAUAAAAAAUUUUAAAGGGAGCGAGCUGCACGGAUAUUUUAUAAAAAUGUUAGAGGGAAAGGUAAAAUGUGCUGUGAAGGAACAGUACAUCGAUUUGAUACCUGGCGAAUUGAAGAAAAAAAUGAAGAAAGAGCGAUUGCUCGUGCGUAAAUUCGUCAAAAAUGAGAAUGAUGCAUACACUAAGGAUCUUGUCGCUCGUCUUAACAUGCGCCACCUUUUGGACAGGGAUCUUGACGAACUGAGCGGUGGUGAGUUGCAGAGAUUCUGCAUUUUUAAAACAUGUUUGGAGGAUGCAAACUCGUUUUUUUUCGAUGAGCCAUCUUCAUUUCUCGAUGUAAAGCAGAGGAUUGCGAUCUCUAAUGUCAUCCGCGAGAAAAGGGAUUUUGUAUUUUUGGUAGAGCAUGAUCUGGCCAUAGCAGAUUUAAUUUCUGACUAUGGAUCGGUGUUAUACGGAAAGGCUGGGUGCUAUGGCAUCAUAACUAAGCUUUUUAGCAUUAAGCAGUGCAUCAAUGUUUUUUUAUCCGGCUUCAUUCCGAACGAAAAUAUGAAGUUCAGAGAUGAAGCCAUGAAGUUUGACAGGAAGGAAAAGAUGAAGGUGAAGGAAGAAAAAGAUGUGGUGGCUGAGGAACAGGGUGAUGUACCAGAUUUGGAGAAGCUUGUUCUUAAAUCCAACGAAUUCGUCUAUAACACAAUGGAGCAAAAAUAUGAGAAUUUCGUGCUUAAUGUUAAACCUGGAUUAUUCAAAUCAGGCGAGAUUGUCGUGCUGUUGGGAGAAAAUGGAAUGGGAAAGAGCACCUUUUUGAAUUUGGUUAAGGGCGUAUUUAGUGUCAGCAUUAAAUAUCAAAAGAUAAAUUUGAAGUACGAUAAAAGCGUAAGGAGCCUGGUUAUAAGACUGAAGGCCAUCAGCUGUGCUGAGCUCAUCAAGGAUUUGGAAAUAGACAAGAUCAUGGAUCAUGAUGUGGGUAAAUUGAGCGGCGGUGAGUUGCAGAGGCUGUGCCUCUUUAUAUGUUUGAGCAAGAGUGCCGACAUCUAUCUUAUUGACGAGCCCAGUGCAUAUCUAGACUGUGAUACAAGAAUAAAGGUGAGCAGACUGUUGAAGCGGUUCGCAGUUAACAAGCAAAAGCCCCUCUUUGUUGUAGAGCACGACUUGGUUAUGGCCACGUACCUAGCAGACAAGAUAAUCUUGUUCGAAGGUGAACCAGCUGUAUCAAGCGUGGCGAGUGAGCCCUUGGACGUCAAUGUAGCAAUGAACACGUUCUUGAAAGGGUUAGAUAUUACGUUUAGGAGGGACUCUGAAACCAAUAGACCAAGAAUCAACAAGUGGGGAUCUGUCAAGGACAAGGAACAGAAGGAAGCGCACAAGUAUUUCUUUUAGGCAGGAAUUCCACGGACUAUCUUUACGAAUUACAUUAAAUGCUUUUUUAUAUUAAAUCGUUCGUGCCUAUCAUAUUUGCGAAACAGGUACAAACUGGG